AUGAAGGCCUGGCUCGAGGCUGCCGAGAGCGAUGCCAACAUCACCCUACUGAACUUCUUCCUGGCCAAGAUGCAUCAACAGGACCGUCUCGGUACCGUCCGCCUCUGGGCGGUGUACCAGCCUCCGCAACUCAACUACGACAAGCUGCAGCUCGCCGAGCGGACCCUCACCGCUUUCUUGCGUUGGGAGACGACCCUCAACAUGAUCGCAGGCGGGUCGAUCGACAAGGCUUUUGUGCCCGAGGAGCUGCGUCCCUUCAUCCGAACACUGCGCGCCCCCUCCUCUGCCAGCGCCAAGCUCAUCUUCGCCACGGCCUCCGACGACAAGAGGAAGCAUGUAAAGGCCUCGAGGGUACGGCAGCUCAUCAAGACGGUGCAAGGCAAUGGGGCACAGACAUGCGAGACAAUCGACAUCAGCGACGUCCUCAGCUCUACGAGGCGUGCGCGUCACGUCGUCGUUCUCGCCGAUUCAGUCGACUGCUACUCGGUGGCCCAGGCAUUGCUGGCGUCCGGGUUCAAAGGCCAUCUCUGGUCGGCCAGAGAUAAGAAGUCAGAGACUGCUGCCAGCGCGGGCCAGGCAGUCGACUUCUGGCGGAUCACGCCCGGCCAAAGGAUGGGCAUCCCCGGCCCGACCGGCUUCGCACUUUUCAUCGACGAAGCCACGGGAGAGACGGCAGCCCUCCUGUCGACUGUCUCUCCCCUGGCCCAUUUCCAGAGGCAGUCGGCAGGAGCGGCGGUGAACACGGAGGUGGCAACAGCGGUCGUGCUCGGCGUCAAAUUGAUCCAGCUUGACAUCCGCACCCCCAACUUCGACCUGACGGCCGACAUGAGUCAGCUCUUGCACUUCGGCGAGGCCUGCGUACGGGCGCGAUAUCUGGCCCUGUCAACUUAUGCCGACACAACGCUGGCCCCCGACCAGGUGCUGGAGCGCGACGACCUUUGGUACCAGCUCCAAGCGAAGGACAAGCGCAUGGCUCUCCUUGACGAAAACAACGAGCUCAAAGCCGACAAGGCCCACAUGUCGUGGCACCGACAUCUGCUCAAGCUCGAUGGGGCAAGGGACACGUUCUUCAUCAAGACGAAGGAGCUCGGAGACGCGCUUCAUUGGGAGGACGGCCAGGUGGCCUUGGCCGCCGACUCGCCUGCAGGCGGUCCCUGCCUUGUCCUGAUCGGCAGAGACACUCGCGAUCCCGCGCACACACAAGAGCUGCAUCGCUGGCAGGUCUCCGGGCUGGCAUGCGCUUCAAUCGUUCUCGACAUCAUGCUCGCCGACGGCAUCAUCUCGCCUGACGAGUUCGAGGCCAUCAAGGCCCGAGAAUCUCGAGAGCCCAGCAACAGCCGGAACCGCCAACACGGUAUCGCCUCGCUCGAUCCUUCGUCGAUCUUCACGACGUUCAGCCUGGCCGUGAGCGCCCAAAUGACGACAACCAAGGCUGGCGAGAGGAACAUCACCUACAACCUGAGGCCGAAGGCGACGGACUCGCUCAAGACCAAGUACGGCGUUAGCGAGGACAGCCGGCUGAGCUUUGGCGGUACGAUCUCGUUGAUCAAACUCUCGGCAGGCGGGCGUAGGGCGGCCUUCUUCCGCUUCACAAAGCGUGGACUCGGCGUCUUUGCUCUUCCGGACGGCAAGAACGAUCUGACUCCGAUCUCGUCGGAACAGGCUGACCGAGAGGGCACGCUCAUCGCCGAGCUGACUCCGCUUUACAUUCAGGUACAGGCGCGCCUCCACGGAGGCUGGUGGGCGCUUCUCAAGGAGCUCCUGUGGAAGUCGGCCCCGGCGCAGAUCCAAGCGAGCCAGCAAGAUGUCGAGAUCGAGGACCUGAAGCACCAGAGGAGCGGCAAGAAGCGGAUCGCCCCGGAGAAGAUCCACGCCCUCGGGCUUGAGAUCGCCGAACGACAUUCCGAGCCUGCACCGCCCAGGAAGCGGAGCAGGGGGGAAGGACCCGGCUUGCCCCUCUUGCCAGAGGUCCAGGAGGCGCUCCAAACCGGAGGUAGCGUCGAGGAAGCGGUGGCCGUCGCGCGCGGUGAGGUGGACCUCGACGUGCUGCGAGAUCAGAUGGCUUUCAUUCAGGCGCUGUCUCCGGAGCUGUUUACAGACGAGGCGGACGACACCUGA